GGUCAUCUUUGAAAAGUGUAUAGAUUUGUUGUGGUAUUCGUGUGUUCUUGUGGUUUUUUUUUUUAACGAGCGUUUAACGUGCUUAUUUCGAAGGAAAAUGCAGAUCAAAAGGUGCCCGGCACGGCAGCAGAGCGCGGCGGGCCGGCCGCCCGCGCCGGAGCUCGCGGGAUGACGUCACGCGCCGCCGCCGCCCCCGCCGACGCGCCCCCGCAGCCAGCGGCCGCCUCCGCCCCCGCCGCCCCCAGCGCAGAGGCCGGCCGGCGCGGCCGCAGCCUCUCCACCAGCACCGCCCCGCAGCCGCAGCACGUAGCACCCGCCGCCACACACCUCCAGUCGCCGGCAGCAGCCAGCCCUCAGGAGAGGCAGCGCAGCCGCAGCCAGUCGGACCGUCGCGGCAGCCCCACCUCGGGGCAGCGCCCGAACCACCACCACCACCACCACCACCACCACCACCACCAGGACUGGUUGUCCGCCUGGGGGCGCCUCGUCGGAGCCAUAACGGGGGGCGGCAGGAAGCUGGGCGUCGUCUCAGGCGGCAGCACCAAGCGGUGCCGCGACGAGAUGGAGUCCGGUGGCGCCGCCGCCGCCACGGCGGUCUCCCCACCACCCGCUGCCGCGCACAACAGCGCCGAGGCGGCGAUCGCUUCUGCGCAUGCGCCGAGCCCCGCCGCGCAUGUGCCGGCGGCGGCCGCCCUCACUGCGCAUGCGCCGGGCUUGGAGCCGGCGCGCAGACAGAGCUGCCUGCCAGUGUCCAGCUACAAGCUGCGCAGGUGGUUCCACCCCAACAUCUCGGGCAUCGAGGCGGAGCUGCUGCUGAUGGAGCGAGGCUUCGACGGCAGCUUCCUGGCCAGGCCGAGCCGCAGCAACCCGGGGGACCUCACGCUCUCCGUCAGGAGGAACGGCGAGGUGACGCACAUCAAGAUCCAGAACACGGGCGACUUCUACGACCUGUACGGCGGCGAGAAGUUCGCGACGCUGUCGGAGCUGGUGCAGUACUACACGGAGAACCAGGGCCAGCUGCGGGAGAAGUCUGGCGAGCUGAUCGAGCUGCGGUGCCCGCUCAACUGCAGCCAGCAGCCGGAGGCCGCCGCCUCCUGCACCGAGCGGUGGUUCCACGGGCACCUGUCGGGCAAGGAGGCGGAGAAGCUGAUCCUGGAGAAGGGCAAGAACGGCAGCUUCCUGGUGCGAGAGUCGCAGAGCAAGCCGGGCGACUACGUGCUGUCCGUGAGAACCGACGACCGAGUGACGCACGUCAUGAUCCGGUGCCAGGACGACACGUACGACGUGGGCGGCGGCGACCGCUUCGAGUCGCUGUCGGACCUCAUCGAGCACUACAAGCGCAACCCCAUGGUGGAGACGAGCGGCACCGUCGUGCACCUCAAGCAGCCCUUCAACGCGACGCGCAUCAACGCCAGCGGCAUCGAGAGCCGGGUCCGCGAGCUGCAGAAGGAGAACGGCCAGUCGACGGGCAAGGCCGGCUUCUGGGAGGAGUUCGAGUCGCUGCAGCAGCAGGAGUGCAAGCACCUCUUCUCCCGCAAGGAGGGCCAGAAGCCCGAGAACCGCAACAAGAACCGCUACAAGAACAUCCUGCCCUUUGAUCACACGCGGGUGAAGCUGAGAGACGUCGAUCCGAGUGUCCCCGGAUCUGAGUACAUAAACGCCAACUACAUUCGGCCGGACGACGAGGCGGGCGACUCGGGGUGCGGGCGGUGCUACAUCGCGACGCAGGGCUGCCUGCCGGCCACGACCGGCGACUUCUGGGAGAUGGUCUGGCAGGAGAACACGCGCGUCAUCGUCAUGACGACCAAAGAGGUGGAGCGCGGCAAGAACAAGUGCGUGCGCUACUGGCCGGAGGAGGGGCAGAGCAAGGACUUCGGUCGCGUGCGCGUCCGCAACCUGUCGGAGUCGUCGACGGCCGACUACACACUGCGCGAGUUCGCAGUGUCGCGCCUGCCCCCGCAACCCCAGCCGGCGCCCCUGCAGGCUCCGGACGGCGGCGGGGGCGGUGACGUCACUGAUUCCGGCUCGUCCGGCGGGGGCAGCGGUCAGCGCCUGCAGCAGAGUCAGCUCGUGGCGGCCGUCGGCGACGAGCGUAAAGUGUACCACUACCACUUCCAGGCGUGGCCGGACCACGGCGUGCCGUCGGACCCGGGCUGCGUGCUCAACUUUCUGCACGACGUGAACGCCCGGCAGGAGAGCUGCGGCGCGGGCGCGGGGCCCGUCCUCGUCCACUGCAGCGCCGGCAUCGGCCGCACCGGCACCUUCAUCGUCAUCGACAUCAUCCUCGACCAGAUCAAGCGCCAAGGGCUGGACUGCGAGAUCGACAUCCAGCGGACGAUCCAGAUGGUGCGGGCGCAGCGCUCGGGCAUGGUGCAGACGGAGGCGCAGUACAAGUUUGUCUACCUCGCCGUGCAGCACUACAUCGAGACGGUGCGCCAGCGCGCCCAGGCCGAGCAGAAGAGCCUCCAGCUGGGCCGCGAGUACACCAACAUCCGCUACUCGAGCGACGAGCUGCCGUCGCCGUCGCCCUCACUGCCGCUGCCGCCGCCGCCCCCGCUGCCGCCGCACCCCUCCGCCCCCGCCGCCCUCGCCGCCCCCGGCUCGCUGCCCCUCGCCGGGCUGACGGCCGCCCCUCCGCAGCGCCAGGGCGCCACGUCGCUGCCCGCCAGCCCCUGCGUCGGCAUCGGCGUCGGCGUCGGCCUCGGCUCGGGGGCGGCGCCUCCCGUCGUACGGCCGGUGCGGACGCCCGCAAGGGCCGUGUCCGACGCCCACCUGCCCAGGCCGCCCGACGACUUCCCGCGCCAGAUCUACGAGAACAUCGCGGUCAAGGACCGCAAGCUGUCGGCGGCGUCGCUGGGGCCGUCCUCGACCCACCACAUCGGGCCGCCGCCGCCGAGCUUCGCCCCCCCGCCCCCGCCGCCUCCGCGCAAGACGUGACACCGGCAGCAGAAGCAGCAGCACGAGGGGCGCCACGCCGCGCCGCCCCCGCGGAUCGCCGUCCCGGCGGGCGAUCUCGCGGCCCCGACGCCGCCCCCACUGUCCCCGUCCGAGGACUGGAGGCUCUGAGGAAGCGACGCGUCCGCGACGUCCUCCGACGCCUCUGUGUACAGACUCCGCACUGGACACUCUGACGGGGUGCUCCCCACGUGCAGUGCGAACGUUCUAGUGAGUGCAGUUUGCGACAGAGGUCCGGACCUGAUGACGUACGUUAAGUAUCAACCGGGAUAUGAGACUGAAGUGUAAAUUUUUUUUUUUUACAAGUGGCUGUCGUCACCAUUUUGUGGCAAUACUUAUUCUUACUCACCAGUGGGAGAACACACACACACACACACACACACACACACGAGUGUGGUACGUCUUGUAUAUGAACUCCUUACUUGUAGCACUCGACCACAAAAAUUAUCGAAUGUGUGGUGACAGUGCAGAAUAUUAACAGGUCGAGGUUCAAUGUGGCACUUCCCGCUUGUGGCGAGCAGUUUGUCUGACCGCCGAGUACGCUUCCGGGCUCCGUCGAAACUCUCGUGUCUGAGCAGUUGGCAGUUACCGUUUCACGUUAUAGCUCCUUCUCGGACCUCUAUCCCAGCUGAUCCGGUUUUAGUUUCAUUGCAUUACAUCCGUUGUGCACAAGCUGUUGCCCACUUUGCAGCAGCGAGUGUCAUCUUCUGGCCGUACACGAGGAACUGAACCGUUGUGAAACCUACUCCUGUCUGUGGCUCUCGUGUAAAAUUUGAAUGUGGAAAUUUGUACUUUUGAAAUGCAUUAUUUGCGCCCCAUCUCCCCCAACCCUCCCCCCCUUUCUCCUCCCUCUCGAGUGAGGAAGAUUUUAUACGUAUGAAUGCUGUAAUUGAUGUGCAUAUGAAACUUUAAUAAUUGGCCGUACAAGCCUAGUACGAGAGAUACCAUUGAAAAGAAAUGACCUGUGUUUAUCAGGUUUCAGCAUGUUUAAGUUUCCAGAAUAAUUUGCCCUCAAUUUGUGAGACAUUUUUCUUAACUGACAACAUUUUUUUUUAAACCUGAAUGUUUAUACCUCAGUCAAUUUUCAUCUAAUUUCCACCUGUAUGAAACCUCUAAUUACAAUGAAUAACUGACACCCGAGCUCCAUUCUCGUAAGAACCGGCUGCUCGAUUUGACAGUCGUCAGCAAAUGGCCAUUUUGAUGUCGUCAUCAUUGUAGUGGGACUUCGCCCCUAUAUUGUAUACUGUGAGCCUCCCAUAUUUUUUUACCUGUGCGGACAACAUCCGUUGCUUACAUUAGUGUAUCACUCAUGAAAACGCAAUGCUAUGUGGUAGUGCACCUCGUUCAUCAGUUUUAGUGCCCUGCGCUAACAUAAUGCAAACUGCUGUAAAGCUUCUGUAGGAAUUUAAUAAAGAAUUCUCCUCGGAGCUGGACGUAUUUCCUCGGAUACGGACUGAAUUGCAAAGUGUCUGUUUUCUUUUCACUUGUGACAGAUGGUCUCUCACUUUGCACUUAGAUGCAAAUAUUAGUAUGUUUGAAUCAAUUUUCUCAGUUUUCAAUCACUGACAGUGUUUUUUUCCAUAAACUUCACUGACUUAUAAUUGAAUUUUGACUGCUUUCACAAAUUUGGACUGUUUUCGUGCCUCUUCUGCCCAGAAAUGAAUGAAUGAAUGAAUAAAUGGCUUCAGACACUAUGAGACUUUCAGUUAACUGAGACAUUUUAAAUAAGCACAGACAAAUGCUUCUGUUACAGCGUUUGUGGCCAGCUGAAGUGUCUACAUUUGAAAAUGUUACAUACUUAAAAUAUACACCUCAUACAGAGGCCCUUUCAUACUUUUGAGUGCAGUAUGUGAUUUUUUAAUUAUAUACCUGUACUGGAAAUGUGUUGACUGAAACCUACUUCACAGACCACCAAAAUGACUGCGACAGGCUUCUCAAUAGAGUGGUAAAUUCUCUGCACACUACACAGAAUUAAACGUUUCACACAGAUGUCGAGAAGGAAAUCGUUCUGCACGUUGCAUUUUAAGUCACUACCAAUUUUUGGCAACACUCGAGGCAGAAGUUUCCACUGCGAGUACUUACACUCGGCCUCCCGAGUACCGAGGAGAAUACGCUGUCCUCCGCUUCCUCGUUCUGCCCACACCUCACGACUGAAGGUAUCUGGAUCAGUUCGAGUGAGACGUAGUGUACAAAGAGAGGGAGUGUGUGGGGAUUGGUGAGAACAGAGGCACACUUCAGAUCUCACAGCUCCCCCUCUCCCCCCCCCCCCCCCCCCUCCUCUCUCUCUCUCUCUCUCUCCCGCGUGUUCUCCUCCGUCUUCUAAAACUGCCUCUACCGUACGCGACAUGAACGGAACGGGUUUGCCAAGAGAGGUCAAACUGCAGGGAGAAAAAGUGUUUCGAGGUCAGGUGUGUCAGCCUUCUCACAUGUCGGGUGCCGAGCAGUUUCGAGAGGCCUAAUAUUGUCAAACUGGACAGUGGAAGUGGAAUUUUUUCUUUUUUUUGGGAAAAGGAUGGCUGUGACAUUUUGCUGUGGACAAACAGGUUAGCGAGAGACAAAGAUGCUAUUUAUUGUGAACGCACAGGGACAACAGAGAACCGUUCGUGCCUCGGGAGAGAUUAUGUCUGAUUGUCACGGUGUUAUGUUGUAACUUUUUGUUUAUUGUUUAUUUGUGUUAUGUGCCACAGGGACGAGAGGUCGUACCCGAUCUGUUUUGUUCGCCACAGGUGAGUAGAAUGAGAGAAAAGAGAAGCGGUUGCAUACCUCUCUCUGUUUGUGCAGAUAUUCUCUGUAUUUUCCUAGCACGUUCUGUGUGUGAGGCACAAGAGAGGAAGAUGUUAAGAAAUCCUUUUUGGGCAGAUUCCCACACCACAGUGUGGCAUUUCGGCAGUGUCGCAGCGGCCUUCCCCGAUCGGUCUCCCUCUCCCGUAUCCACCCCUCUACUUUGUAGGGUACCUUACGGACUGCCCCUCUCAGAUUUUCUUCAAACUUGUACAACUUUGGACAUCAGCUCACUAAAGCUGUACGGCACAAUUCUGAAAAACACUUCAGAUACACGACUUCGAAGUUUUCCGAGUCACCUAAGUGGAAAACAUUUCGCCUUCCCUGAUGGAAUUGCCUGUAGCUCUGCAUGUAGUAUUCUAGUUUCCCAAUCACGAGGUCGUCAGUUUGAUCGCCACAUGAGUCAAAACUUUUUAUUUUUGUUUGACUUUGAUAUUUAUUAAGGUGUAUAUUGGAAUGUAAAAGAUCUUUCAUAAAAGUGUGAGUGUGAUCCUCACUUUUGUGAGUGAUUUGUAAAAGUCCUUUAAUAGUGUAAUACGCUCAUAAUAAAUGUAGCUGUCAAUUAAUAAUUAUUGACGUAGAUCCUAUUUUGUGGAUCAAAUUACUGGUAAUGCAUUAAAAUUUUGUACGAGAAUCGGAAACGUAAAAUAGAAAUUAUAAUACUUUCUGAUUUCUAGACAUUAUAGACAAACAAGAACAAUAUUCAAAACCAAAAUAUGUUAUUAAAAACAUUUAUUUUAGUACUCCUUUUUUCAAACAACUAGUAAAUAAAAAUAUGUCACUUUCAUUGAAACAUUACGGUUACCUCAUUAUAUGUUAAUUAACAUAUCAGUUCGGUAAUAAAUGCAAUCGGGAGAAGAGUAACAAAAAAAAAUCUUCGCACAGCAGGAACAAACUGGCUAUCUCAUGAUCGUAACAUUAGGACAACUGCCACACACCCGGCUAUGGGCAAUGCCUCAGAGUUUGUCAAAAUUUUUGUACUUUGCAACACUCGGAAUAAUCAAUUUGAAACCUCAGCAGCUCCUAGUAUUUUGGAAAAUUCCGCCGUUCCGCUUUAGGAACUCGCGCCUGUGCAGUGACUUUUUAAGAGUACGAAGAAAAUAGUCCGUAAGGGCCCCUCGCCAGAGGGUCGAAUAUUUUCCAGUCUCCGCUUCCCUUACAGCCUUUGCCCUCUACAGAUCCCCCCGGUACUGCGCGCGUUAUUUCCCGACGUCCGACACACGUCCCGUCCCCGUUUUCCACAAGUUUCCUCCUCGAGAGCCUCAACAUUUCUGACAGUGUCGGUCGAUUCAAUUUACGGCCCUCUCUUCCCGAGCCACUCGGACCUCACCUGUGGCGGCAGUGCGGAGUCGGGUGCGACCCCCUCUCUCCUGUCGCGCGGCGCCUGCCUGCGACACGUGCCCGACGUCGUCACGGCACUGCUCGAGCGGUGCGUGUACUGUCAGUCGGCUGCGCUUUUUUUGUGCUUAAUAAAUAAAGCUGUGGAAACUAAA